AAUGCCUUGUUUCAAUUUCUCUACACUCUCCGCCGUCUCCCUGCCGAAAAAGGGGAUUUUCCGGAGCCAAUUGAUUUUCCGUUCUAUUUUUCUUGUCGUUUUUCUUUGCUUUAGUGUGCGACUGCGGGCGUUUUUGGAGCCGGCGGUUCAGAUCUCUGUAAGUGUUGCUCAUUCGAAAUCGAUCGUUUGCCAUCGGCAGGGCGAUAUCUUUCGAUUGAUGAUAAUAUAAAAUUUUCAAGUUGGCGGGUGAUUCGAUGGAGAAUGAGCUGGUGGAAUUGUUUGAAGCGGCGAAGAAGGCUGCAGAUGCCGCAGCAGCUCCAUCAAAUGAUGGGGGAGCGGAGGAAAGUCGUUGCCUAGAUGCCUUACGGCAGCUCAAGAAAUUUCCUGUUACUUAUCAAAUCCUUGUUUCCACUCAGGUCGGGAAGCGCCUUCGGCACCUCACUAAACACCCCAAGAAGAAAAUACAGGACUAUGCAUCUGACCUGAUUGAGAUGUGGAAGGAAAUAGUUAUCAAGGAGACUAACAAGAAUAAGAAAAAUGGAAACGGCAAUUGUAAAGAGUCGCCUAAAAUUGGUUCUCCCAGUGCAGAGUCUGUCAAGGUGGAGAAGUUUCAAAAAUCAUCUUCCAUGAAGGUUGAGAGAGUUUCCAAGGUUGAGCAGUCCGAUAGGAAUGGCACCACGAGCUCUGUAAAAUAUUCUCGAUCAGAAAGUGUGAUCUCGGAGAAGAACAUUGUCAAGGUUGAGAAAACUGAUUCAUUGGAGAAGGUCAAGGCUGAAAGGGUGGUUAAAGAAGAGAAGAAAAUCUCAAUAGAUAAGAGACCAUCAAGUGGCACUGCUGCACCUCCAAAGCUUACAUCAAUGAUCAAAUCAAAAGAUGCUGCUCGAGACAAAAUAAGAGAACUUCUUUGUGAAGCUUUCUCCAAGGUUCCUGGCGAGGCCGAUGAAGAUGUUAUAGAUGAGGUCAAUGCAAGCGACCCCGUCCGUGUUGCUGUUUCUGUAGAAUCCGUGAUGUUUGAGAAUUGGGGAGGUUCUACCGGGGCACAGAAGGCCAAGUACAGAUCUAUAAUGUUCAACCUCAAGGAUCCCAAGAACCCAGAUUUCCGGAGAAACGUUCUUGUUGGACAUAUCAAGCCCGAAAGGCUAAUUAAUAUGAGCACAGCCGAGAUGGCAAGCGAUCAGAGGAAACGUGAGAAUGAAGAGAUUGAACAAAAAGCUUUAUUUGACUGUGAGCGUGGAGGAGCUCCGAAAGCUACUACCGAUCAAUUCAAAUGUGGUCGAUGUGGUCAACGCAAGACGACCUACUAUCAAUUGCAGACGCGGAGUGCCGAUGAACCUAUGACUACAUUUGUAACUUGUGUAAACUGCAAUAACCAUUGGAAGUUCUGUUGAGUUUCUCGUGAGCUGCUGAAAAUGUUAUUUACUGAGCUGCUGCUAGUGUUAUUUUGCCUUGACACUGCUGCAGUCUGUAAUCUCAUUUCACAUUACAUUUAGAACUUAGGAGUUCUCUACCCUAGGAUUUAUAAGGACUAAUUUGUUGAGAAAUUCAGUGUACAAACUUGUUUAUUUGUUAUUUCCUUUGGUAUUUGUCCGAGUUUAA